CUCCCCCCGCCCCGCCCCGCCCCAGUCUUCCGGGAGCUCAGUGAGGACACAGCGAUGAGCCAGGAUGAGGCGGAGCGAUACCUGUUUGCUGACCGCGCCCGGCACGCCGGCAGCGUGGCCGCCACCCAAGCCGACUGGACGGCCCGCCGGCUGGUCUGGGUGCCCUCGGCCCGGCAGGGCUUCGAGGCGGCCUCGGUGCUGGAGGACGAGGGGGGGGCCCCCCCCGACGAGGUGACGGUGGAGCUGACGGAGAGCGGGCGCCGUGUGGCGGUGCCCAAGGCCGACGUGCAGCGCAUGAACCCGCCCAAGUUCGCCAAGGUGGAGGACAUGGCUGAGCUGACCUGCCUGAACGAGGCGUCGGUGCUACACAACCUGAAGGACCGCUACUACUCGGGACUCAUCUAC